AUGGAUUCCUUUCAACAAGUCGAUUCUUUUCAACAAAUUGACGAACUUGUUAAGGAGUAUCUGUUAUUCAGAGGAUUUUCUGCUACUUUUCGUUCUUUUGAAUCAGAAUGCCGGAAUGAUAAAGAUAAAAGAUUUCAGGCUGAAAAAAUUAUUGAAGAAUUAUUUUCAUUUAUCACGAAUAGUGAUGUAAAUGGAUUAAUGGAUUACUGGAGAUAUCUUGAUCUAAGAUAUUUCUCAAGAUUGGAUGCUAGAUUUUUUGGAAGUGUUAAGAAAUUUGAAGAGUGUCUCUUAAAAUAUUACCUUGUUUAUGGUAAAUCUUUCGCAACACAACAAAAACGAAAAGAAAAAGUUUUUGAGUUCUUUGAUACAUUUGGAACAGAAUUAAAUGGAAAUUCAGAGUGGACAAAAUGGUUUGCUUUACCAAGUUUAUUAUGUUUCCCUUUGGAUCGUCUUCAGCGAUAUGCUUUAGAAGAUGAAGUUCAGUCUCUUCAUCAUGAAAUAGAUAGUAUUAAAAAUGGUAAAACAGAUACGGAGAGUACUGAUACUGAGAUUAAGCAAAAUUCCACUACUCCAAAUAAAGGAUUGGUUGUUAUUUCCGAUCAUUACGGAGUAAAAUCACCUGAGAUAUAUGCAGAUGAUUUGAGUCUGACUCCAAUAUCGGAAUAUGCUAUAGAUAAUUCGCAAGAAUUACCUGGUGAAGAUAUUAAUCCGUUUACCAUUAUGAAUCAGGAAAUAUAUUUAGAGCAUACAUCAGGAAUAUCACUUGCUAAAUUCUCACAUAAGGGUAAUUUAAUCGUGAGUUGUGAUGUAGAUAAUAUUGUUAGGACAUCUUCAAUGUCUUCAAUUAGAUCUACUAAAUCUAACAAGUCUUUUAAUGGAAGUUACAAUUUAAUAACUAACGUAAUUGGAGGUGGAUUGACAAAUGGUGGAACUAAUGGUUUUACAACCAAUGGAAGUUUGAAUAAAGUACCUAUGGUUUCGUUUAGCAGUGAUACAAAACAUGUUUUGUGUGUUGGCGGAAAUGGAUUUCAGGGUGUUAUUUAUCAAGUUCAAUUAUUAGCACCACAUAGUUCGCCCUUAACAGUUGUUGAUUGGACAACUAUGGUUGGAAAUUCCGUAUUAACUGGCGCGAUGGACGGAUCCGUGAGAGUCACCAAAAUGUUUACCGAUGGGUCUACAUAA